AUGCUUCGCUGCCCACCCACCACCAUUGUCCUAGGACAGAGGGACCUCCUAGAGUACGAUAGACGCAAGAAGCAUCGUAGAGAGCUUGAUGCAGAUACAGUUACCAUGACCCGAGAACUCUCAUGCGUUGCAGUCGAUAACCCGCCUCGAGCGUUUGGCCCAAGUCAUCGUUGGGAUGAGGCAGACUUGCUCAAACCGUUCUCUGUGUCGUCGGAAGAGACUUCAAUACUCUCACCAACUUCAGAGCCUGAUGUUGUCGAAACCACUUCGAGUUUGCUGCAUGAUACUAUCGAAGCAGACUUCUCGAUUGAAAAUCCGAAUCGUUCACCAGAACCUCAAUCAUCACCUAUGAAGAAUGAUUUUGAUUACGGAGGCUUUGUUGAGAGUCCCAUGUUACAAAAUGAUGACACCCCACGAAGGUCGUCCCCGUUCCUAGCCCCCGAGGACUCAUCAACACCUCAGCAUCCAGAUGCAAGGAGAAUCCGCAAUAGACCCCUCCCUCGCUCACCGUUGUUCUUGUCUCAAAAUGCAACGUCGCCCGAUGGUCGUGUCACUACUCAGCUCACCCCCCGCGUCCUCUCACGAGUAGCAAGUCAUAACAGCCCUGGAAUCAUCUUCGCACAGCCUCCACGACGACCUCCCAGGUCAUCUCCUCGUACUCUUAGACACCAGACUAACAGCUUCUCAUUCGACUCAUCUGAAAGAGCAAGUGCUGCUUAUGAGCAAGAACGAGUUAUCUCGAAUUCCACUGAUGAUACACCUCACCCGUCGGAGGACAUCCGUCUACAUGAUGAACUUCGAGGUAGCUCUUUACAGAGCUCUCGUGUCAGUUCCGGAGUCGCGAUAUCGCACGAGACACAAGGUGACAUUGCCAUUUUUGACUCCGAACAAGAGAUACACUUCACAACUCUUCUUUCACUUUCCUCGCCCUCAGUACUUCCGCUGCCUCCGCCAUUCUCGUCAGUGUCCCGACGUACUUCGAAUGCGGAGUCUCUACCAUCGACAACAAAUGAGCAUCUGUCUCAAGACCCAACAAUUAGUCCAGCUAGAAGUCAUGCUUCCACACCCAACAGAGAUCGUGCUCGAAUUCCAUGGCCUCAGAGAAGUCUCAAUGCUAGUCCAGUUGCAGAAACAAGUGAGACUAAUGAGAGCCCUCCAUCUGCAGGGAGAAUCGGGAAUUUCAUCAACCGCAUUCGAAAUGCGUCUUAUCGGGCUCGGUCGCCACUGCAUCGCAACGCGUCUUCUGAUGUCCCCACCGCCACACUCACGACAGAUCAAAGUCGGACACCAGGAACUGCUAACCCGCAGACACCAUCUCGAAACUAUCGAGUAUACAACGAUGCCCUGUCCCCAGAUACACAGCCGCAGACACCAGCGAAUCUGCCAGAAGCACGACACCAAUCUAGGUACCAUGCUUCAUACACAGCACCCGUCACUAGGAACGCUGCACGGAUUGCUGUAAGCUCGAUCUCCAGCACUCAUCGUGUAGGGUCUCGCGGCCCGGACCGCCAGCAUGCCUUGUAUACUCCCGUGAGAGCCGCCCGUCGUCCCGACUCUCCCUCUGGUAUGAGAGAUGAAGGGUUCGAGGGUCUCUAUGGUGGUCGAGAGAAUGGGGACGAAGAACAGCUUUGGGUUGAGGGCGUCAGAUUUAACAAUGCUGAGACUCGACUUUGGGGGGAAAGAGAUGCCAGGAACAAUGGUGGAGCACUCAGAGAGACGCCAGAACCAGAAGAUUGGAGAGUUGGACGAAGAAACUGA